AUGACGUCCCGAAAAACGCAGCAAGAGAUUGAUAAGACCUUCAAGAAGGUCGCCGAAGGAAUCCAGACUUUCGAAAGCAUUUACGAGAAGGUCAAGGCCGCCACAAACCCCACCCAGCGCGAUAAGCUCGAGGAGAACCUCAAGCGCGAGAUCAAGAAGCUACAAAGGUUCCGUGACCAGAUCAAAUCAUGGGCGGCUGGCAAUGAGGUCAAGGACAAGGCUCCACUGCUCGAGCAGCGGAAGGCCAUUGAGACGUGCAUGGAGCAGUUCAAGGCCGUUGAGAAGGAGAUGAAGACGAAAGCCUACUCCAAAGAGGGUCUCUCUGCCGCAUCGCGACUCGAUCCAAAGGAAAAGGAAAAGGUAGAAGCUUGCGACUUCCUAUCGACCAUGGUCGACGAGCUGCAGCAACGGAUCGAGGCCAUGGAGGCCGAGGAAGAGACAUUGCAGGCACAAAUGAAGAAGGGGAAAAAGGACGCGAACAAGACCAACCGUAUGGCCGACAUCUCGCGAGUAACGGAACGUCAUAAGUGGCACGUCAACAAGCUCGAGUUCCUCAAUCGAUCGUUACAAAAUGGCAACUUGGAAGUGAAUCAAGUGUUAGACUUGAAGGAGAGUAUCAAGUAUUAUGUCGACGAAGGGCAUAACGUUGAUUACUCCGGAGAGGAUGAAACGCUGUACGAUGACUUGGAUAUUGGAGAGGAUGUCGAGGCCCAAUUCGGCAUGGGAGCAGAGAACGAUCGUGUAUCGUCUCAUGAUGCCCAAUCCAUUCAGGACGACGAACCAGAACCCAAACCGAAGGUCUCGAAACCAGAUCCUACGUCACAUCGCCGGCCAUCUACACAGAUGAAGUCGCCGCUCCCCGUUCUUGCUACUCUUCACCCGUCCGCCUCGUCCAGUGCCACCCCAGGCAUGAAGCCUGCUCCGCUACCGACUCGUCUGCCUGGAGAAACGCUCAAGUAUGCUUCCGCAGCCGCAGCCGCAGCUGCCAGCGACAAGAGCGGAGUGGGAAUUCUGCCCCUGCCCCCACCACCAGGUGCCAGUCCUGCCUUUUCGCAUGUUCUCCCGGUUUCCAAGGCGUCCUCUACAGCUUCGCCCGUCGUUUCUUCCGUACAACCCGUUGCUAAGCCGGUGACAGUAGCGGGGCCAUCAGCACCCCCCGCAGUCUCUGCAUCAUCAUCGGAAGAGGCAGUGCCAUUGGCAGUGCGGUCCAAGACAGCUGCUGGCGCAGCUGCCUCCGGGACAUCUUCACCUGCACCCGCUCCUACACCCAAGACAGAGAGCGUGAAGGGUAAAGCGACAACGAAUGGCAAGACGACACCCAAGGAAGCAGCCGAGGGUGACGAGUCAAUAUUCCAUUUGCCCCCAGGUCUCCAAGAUCUGAUUCACUCGUUCGAGGUGACCAAGGAACGCGCGACAGCCAAUUCCACGCCGGCAGUGCAACGACUGCUUGCAACCUCACUCACGACGUGUCCCGAGCCCGGGGAUGCAGAGAAGCCCCGGCAUUACAAGCCGCAAAAUCCCUACAACACCCCUCUUUACUACCCGCAAGAACCUCUCUCCAUCUUUGACGACCCACGAUUGUACGAUACUGGCCGGAUUGAUACUGAUACGUUGUUCUAUCUCUUUUACUACCGACAAGGGACCUAUCAACAGUACCUAGCUGCCAAGGCGUUGAAGAGCCAAAGUUGGCGCUUCCACAAGCAAUACCAAACAUGGUUCCAGCGUCACGAGGAGCCCAAGAACAUCACAGAAGAAUUCGAGCAAGGCACCUAUCGAUUCUUUGACUACGAGAGUACCUGGAUGAACCGGCGCAAGGCUGACUUCAAAUUUGUGUACAAAUAUCUCGAGGACGAGUUAUAA